AUGCCAGUUCUAUACCCUCGAUACUGCUCUGGUUACUAUCAGGGUAAUGACUGCUAUUCUACCUGGGACUCUUGGGGUCGCUGGGUAGCGUUCGCCGUGAUCGUCGGUGUAGCCUUCCUACUUUUCUUCAGUUUCGCGAACCGGGUGGAUGGCUCCUCCCCCGGACCUCCUCCGCCAAACCAACCUAUCUAUCAACAACCUCCCUACGGCGACCCUUACUACCAGCAAAAUGCGCCCCCUCAAUACAGCCCGAACCCUCAGCACCACGGCUACUUUGGUGCGCAAAACGCAUCACCACAGCAGCAAGGCAUCGAGUUGCAGCAGCCUCCGAAUGCGUACGGUACCAACGGAUAUGCGCCGCCACCUGGCCCACCGCCCAAUGGCCGCAAGGACUAA